AGUUCGUGUGGAUGACGUAAACUAAAUCGUGAACCUAGUUGGACAGAACUCUCACUAAUAGCAAGAAGGAAUUGUGUCUAACGGUGUGUUAGUUGAAGCCAUUUGAAUUGGGUCAGUUAUAGUGAGGUGAUAUUAUUAAUUAAAGUAAUUAUUUUUAUUGCUUUAACCAUACGAUCAUAAGAUUUUUCAACUUAUUCACACAUAAUGUCUUCAAAAACAAAAUCAACUUUUACAAAAGAAGAAGAACUGUUACUUCAAGAUUUCAGCCGAAAUGUAUCAACAAAGUCAUCUGCGCUAUUUUAUGGCAAUGCAUUUAUUGUUUCUGCUAUUCCAAUUUGGCUUUUCUGGAGAAUACACAUGAUUGAUUUGUAUACAUCAUUUCUCCCCUUCAUUGUUGUUACUUUUGGAAGCACCUAUCUAGUGGCUCUUGCUUACAAAAAUACAAAGUUUGUUCUGAAACACAAGGUUGCAGUCAAACGAGAAGAAGCUGUUACUCGAGAAGUUUCUAAAAAACUUGCUGAAGAUAAAAAGAUGAGCAAGAAAGAAAAAGACGAAAGGAUCUUAUGGAAGAAAAAUGAAGUAGCUGACUACGAAGCCACAACAUUCUCAAUUUUCUACAACAAUGCUCUUUUCUUGGCAAUCGUUAUCUUCAGCAGCUUUUAUCUUCUGAAAGGUUUCACACCUGCCAUUAACUACGUCCUGUCUGUUGGUCUCGCUGGAGGUCUACUGGCUCUGCUAUCCACAGGAACCAAGUAACUUUAAGAACUCGUGUGGUUAUAGGUUUCUUACUCAUUUUUUAUACAAAGUAUUUAUUACGUUUAAUAAAUUGGACUGAUAAUGA